UCUGUGUGUGUGUGUGUGUGUGGCCGCAGGUUACAUGCAGAGCAUUCCUGACAUUAGCCGAUUAUUUUGGGAGUUUGUUGGCACACUGUGUCUGCCAGUGUGUGUGUGUGUGUGUGUGUGUUCCUCCGAGGCUGUUGCGCACUCAGUAAAGCCUCUCUGUGAGUGUGUGUGUGUGUGUGUGACCCUCAGAGCAGAUGGGCUCUGCUGAGCCUCGACAUUAAUCAGACAAACGCAGCGACCGACAGCAUGGUGUGUGUGUGUUCGCCCCGUGUGCACUGGGCACCGCUGCUGGCGCUUCUGGUGUGUGUGUUUGCUCAGGACAGCAGCCGGGAGUGUUUGGAUAAGGACGAGCUCAUUGCUGAAAUGCCCAGCACUGUGGACCUGCCGACGGAGUGUGUGCUGACCUGCACCGCGCUCACUUACCGGCAGAUCCUGGACACACAGCGCAGGGUCACGGUGCGCUUCAGGGACUCCCGACCCGGUGAAGACGGAGAAGAGUUCUGCUGGUUUAUCGGCAGCAGAUGUGGCGCGUGGGAUGAAGUGUUGGUUUUACUGUCUCUCGGCCAAUCUGACGCGGUGACUGAAGCCAGGAUUCGUCUUCAGACCGACUCUCUGAUCCUAGUGGAGCCACACGACUCUCCGUCCGUCCUGCCUGACGACUGCGGCCUGAGGUUUGAUGUCACCGCGCAACUGCGAGGCCUGCGACCGCACAUGCUCUGUGUCCGGCCACACGGCAUUAUGGGAAACCAGCUGCAGUGUCCGCCGGCUCUGGUCUUCGUAAAGCAGAAACAGAGUCGCUCCUAAACCAGACCACGAACAUUACGACACGCAGCGCUGAACCCUUCCUGGUGUUGGAAAACGCAACUCAUUUCAAGUUUCUGAAUGUCAGUAAUAUGUAAAUAAUAAUCUAUAUUUCCAUUUUAAUAUCCUUAAUUUACUUUACAUUAUAAUCGUUCCAUUAUAGCGAACUGAUAACUCUCUACAAUACAGUGCACUCGCAUCUUUUAUCCUGUGUAAUAAAGAUUUCCUAUAUAGAUAUAUAUAUAACCUUAUUGUAUGUAACCAUAUUCAGCUAUUUUGUUAAUAAAAUCAUGGAAGCUCA